GAUCAAAACCCCAAGCUUCCGACCGAGACCGACCAACUGAGCGACCGCACAAGGGGGUGGGCUCUGCUCUCCCAGGGACUUGUACCUAGAGAAGAGCUUAGCAAUAACAGAAUAUACAUUAAAAGACCAAGAGUCCCAGUUACAAUAAACAGGAAAUAAUUAUAAGGAUAAGCAAGGUACUAAAAUGUUAGGAAAUUCUUUAAAUCCUACCUCACAUGAGAAAGAGUUGAAAGCUAGACUGAAGCAUCAAGCUAAGGAAAUAAUUUCAAAUGCAAAUCUGUCUCUGAAUCAAACCAGACUACUUCAUUCUAAAAUUCAAGCAAUGAUCGAAAAUUUCAAGUCUAACAAAGUUGCUAAACUUAAAAGAAUUUAUGUGAAGAGAGGUAAAAGAAGGUUUGAACCUCGAAAAAUCAAAACUAGCCCUCAUCUUCAAAACAAUAAUGUCGACAGCACCUUUCAAAUGUCCAGUGGUAGGAAUAUUUUUACCCCAGAGGCAUCCACAAGAUUGUUCAGUCCUCAGCCAUGGAGGCUGUUUUCUCCAACAAGCCAGGCUACUAGAGCUGCAACUAAAAAUACAAGAAGAACGAACAAAUUUCAUACGAAUAACAUGGAAAUCAAGCACUGAAAAUAACUUCAUCUCCAAUGAAAAUACUCAAAAGGAUUUAAUCUAUUUCCCAUUUUUACCAAAUUCUAACAAAGGGAACGCUAAAUUCAUCGCGACAAAGCAGGAAAGUUCUGGCUACGAAUCCAAAGAGGGAACUAUCCAUCUAGAAAAUAGCCAGGAGAUGAUCCCAGAGAGCCCAAUCAAGCCUGAAGUAAUAUUCGAGAGCUCCAAGCGACUAAAGCAAAAAGAUAGCAGAGUGUCUCUCAGAUACGACCUUCAUAGCGAUCACAUUGAUAUUGGUCAUAUCGAGAACACCAAAGCUCAAGAUAAGGUUAACCAAAUCAUUAACAAGAUCAAAUCCAAGCGGACAACCAUCAAGAAUGCUUCUACUAUUAACCAUGCCACAUUUGAGAAGUUAAAAUUUGAAAACAAAAGCCAAUCCAGAGAUGAUGAUGACUUCAGUAUUGGAAAAUCUGAAGUAGAGAAAAAGCAGAAAGAGAACAGACGCUCAGUCUUGAACACUCUUCUCACUGACAAAGAAGUCGAACAGUACCAGGAAAAUAUUACUAGAGCUUUAAAACUCAAAAAUAAGAGGUAA